AUGUUGGUGAUAAGGGAUCCUAUUUGGAAAUGUGUUCCAUGGAGGAAAUACUUCUUUUUCUGUCCCGUUGCUCAGGAGCAGAUCGAACCUGACCCGUACAUCAAUCCCCUCGCUCUGUUUCCUGCCGAUCUGGUGGUGGCGAGGGACCUUCUAAGAAAUGGGCCAUUUUUCUGGUCCUCUUUUACGCCAAGGAGGGUCCGCAAGUCAUUGGCUCAUUUCCUUUCCGGCUCCUGGGUGGCGGAGGAUGUUGACUCGGACUCAGAUGAUCCUACCCCCCGUCAUGUCCCUUCUAGAGGAACUGGGGCUGAGUCAUUCAGAGGCAUAAGGGUCGACCUUGGUGGCAUAGAGUUUUCCGUGCACGACUCUGUGCUUCCUGGUUGGGAUCCAAACCUUGCUUUUGGCGACGGCAGUGGUUCGAGUGAUCUGUCGCUGCCUGACUUUGAUCGGUUCUUUGCCGACUUUCCCGCAUAUCUUGACCCGCCUCCACCCGCAGAAGGAUAG